GGGAAACUUCUGCGGGCAUGAAGCGGGCGCUCUGCGCUGGGCCGGAGGAAAGGAAACCACAAGUAUCCGUGGACUGGAUCUAAAUCAGGAGCCCAGAUGAACUUGCAGAAGCUAGCGUGGGAUUCUCAGUUCUUCAUACACGCCAAACCCUUAAUCACCACAACUCCAGUGUCUAGGCUUUCUCCGUUUUUAUGAGGAUUUAGCAAACCUCGGAUGAUGGAAAAGCAAAGGACUUAAUCCUCACUUCUGUAUCAUCUAACAUCAAUGGGAAGGUGAACUAGAUGGUAGUACAGCCAUGGAAAGAAACUCAAGUCUAUGGAAGGACCUAACAGAUGAACACCCAGUCUGCACAAGCUGGAAGCGAGAGGCCGAAGGAGCCAUUUAUCAUCUCGCCAGCAUUUUAUUUGUAGUGGGUUUCAUGGGUGGCAGUGGAUUCUUCGGACUCCUUUAUGUCUUCAGUUUGCUGGGGCUGGGUUUUCUCUGCUCUGCUAUCUGGGCUUGGGUAGAUGUCUGUGCAGUCGACAUAUUCUCCUGGAAUUUCGUACUCUUCAUUAUCUGCUUCAUGCAGUUUGUUCACAUUGCAUACCAAGUGCACAGCAUAACCUUUGCCCGAGAAUUCCAGCUGUUGUACAGCUCCAUUUUCCAGCCUCUGGGGACCUCCUUGCCCGUCUUCAGAACAAUCGCUCUGAGCUCUGAACUGGUUACUUUGGAAAAGGAGCACUGUUAUGCCAUGCAGGGGAAGACCUCCAUUGACAAACUCUCUCUGCUUGUUUCAGGAAGGAUCCGAGUGACAGUUGAUGGCGAAUUUCUGCAUUACAUUUUCCCCUUCCAGUUCCUGGAUUCUCCUGAAUGGGACUCACUGAGACCCACAGAGGAAGGUGUUUUUCAGGUGACCCUCACAGCAGAAACUGAUUGUCGAUACGUGUCUUGGAGGAGAAAGAAAUUAUAUCUGCUCUUCGCUCAGCAUCGCUACAUCUCUCGCCUGUUUUCAGUUUUAAUUGGCAGUGACAUUGCAGAUAAGCUCUAUGCCUUGAAUGACAGGGUGUACACAGGGAAAAGGUACCACUACGAUAUCCGGUUACCCAACUUCUAUCAACUUUCAAGUCCUGGAAAGCCCAGAUCACCCCUGAUAGGACAUUUUCGGAAUUCCAGACAAUACUGUGAUAAGUGACAUCGAAAUCUGAAGUUUUAUAAUUAUUUUAAAAAGACUCUCUUCAUCAUUCCCCAAAUGAAAUAAGAAAAUACAGUUAAUUGAACUCACUAAUAUUUUUAUAAAUCAAACUCCGAGGCAAGAUGCCACUGCCAGCUAUUUUAUUCAUCUCAACUUCUGCAUUGCGAAUACACUUUACCACUUUUCCU